AUGGCAAAGAUGUUUGCCGCGCCGAACACCGCCAUGGCAUCUGCCAACCGAUUUCUUCUCCCCGCUUUGGCCGUCCUUGCCCUGCUCUCUCCGUUGUGCUACGCCCAGACCGUCCUCAACUACGCCGAACUCCCGGCUUGCGCCCAGCAAUGCACAUAUCUUACCCAGGCACAGGCCGCCUGCAUCAGCGCUGCUGGAGGGGAGCAGGCCUGUUUCUGCCAGUCCGCAUACCUCACCACGCUCAAACAAAGUCCAAAUGGUCUAUGCGACGCUUUCUGUACACAACCCGAUCUCGAUCGAAUCUACAGCUGGUACACCCAACUGUGUGCUCAACCGGCCCAGCCCGGCACCAGCAGCAUUCCGGGCACCACCCUCAUAGUCGUGACCUCUACCGCGGAUCCGGCCGCCACGAUCAGCCCGACAUCGACGGUGCGAAGUUCCAGCAACACAAUCUCCAACUCCCGCGAUGACGACCCGGAAGGCGGCUGGUUCGCCAAUCACUGGCGCUGGGUCGUAAUGCUCAUCAUCAUCUUUGUCGGCCUCGUCCUCGUCUCCAUUAUCGGCGUCUACCUCAAGCGCCGGCACGAUAAGAAGAAAGACGUUGUAAGCGGCAACAUGGCCGCGCACGACGCGCCCUACACCGGCCCGCCGCCUCCAGAGACCUUGCACUCCAAACACCCCGACGCCCCGUCCUCCGGGCCACGUCCCCAGAUGGCCGCUGUAGCCGGCUCCCUCGGCUUUGCAAGAAAUAGCUUAACGAGCCUCGGACGGGACAGACGAAGUCGCGGGGACACAAUACAGGGCGAUGCGGGCCCGGUGGUAUGGGGGCCGCAUCAGCACCAGGCUGUGGCGGACAUGGGGACAUAUGGCGAGAUUCCGGUGCCCGAGAGCAGUCCGAGCAGCACGCCGGUCAGUGCGAAUGGGAAGGGCAAGAUGAGGGAGUCGGUGGUGGAUCUGGGAGAUGAUGCUGUGGCGUCGCCGCUGAACCCUAGCCGUGGGGCGACGCCUAGUCAGGAGGAGGCGCCGAGGAGGAAGUUGAGUAAGAGGGUGAGGUGA